AUGGCCGAAGUCCAAGACAAUGCUGCCUUCAUUAAUGGAAGCGCAAUGAAACCAGACACCUUUGACGGCACGAAAUCCAAGUACCUUCCUUGGAAGACGCAGAUGAAACUCUACGUAGUUACGCAGAGGAAGCGACUACCUGAGCAAUUCGACAGGGUUUUAAUGAUCCUGUUCUACAUGAAAGGAGGACACGCUGGCAAAUACAUCGCCACACACUUCCUAAUCGAUGAGGCGUCAGAAGCCUACGAUCGGCUGCAAGCAAUGCAGAUGGGCAUGCUAUCAGCGCAAGAAUUCUUCUCGAAGUUCGAGUUGUGCGCCUUUCAGGCGAAUAUUCAUGACUUUGAGAAGCAUUUCCAGGAACUCAAAUUGCUUCUGGAGAGGGCACUACGGGCCGACAUCAUUCAGCUCCUAUACAAUUUGUCAGAGGAAAUUCUGACUACAUACGCGCUGUACAAACAAAGGGUCGCCCGCAUUGACCUAAAUCAACAGCAGUACCAUAGACGGAAUCUGCAAUCCCAGCAGCAAGGACAAUUUCAACCUCAGCAACAGCAGACACAAAGUGCACCACGAGCACAGGCUAACGUAGCUGCGCCAACUGCAAACGCCCCGAUUCAGACACGCCGCGAUGGGACAGGUGUCACAUUUGGAGGAAGGGGACAGCUGAUGGAAUUAGACCAGGGUCACAUAUCACAAAAUUGCCCUAAUCGACAGCAAGCCCAACAAGUACGGGUCGCGAAAACCCCGGUAGUUCCUACCACCAAUACAUUCACGCCACUCGCAUCACUCAACGAAGCCCCUGCUGCAACAGCAGAACCAUUUGAUUAG